AUGGCAUCUAAGCCUCUGAGUUACAAUGACUACAUUGUCGGAUGGAUUUGUGCGCUAUCAGAGGAGCGAACAGCCGCGACAGCGAUGCUAGACGAGAGGCAUGAUUCUCUUCCAAUAUCCAACUCAUCCGACACCAACUCUUACACCUUAGGGGCCAUUGGCAAACACAAUGUCGUUGUGGUUUGUCUACCAGAAGGCGAGAUAGGAACCAACUCAGCUGCAAGCGUCAUUAUGCAGCUGGUCACCACAUUUCCAUCGAUCAAGUUCGGACUCUUGGUAGGGAUUGGCGGCGGUAUCCCCCCACGCGUCCGAUUGGGAGACAUCGUUGUUAGUACACCCGUCGGAGAGUAUCCUGGAGUAGUUCAAUGGGAUCUAGGUAAGGCUACUGGGACCGGCUUCGUGCGGACGGGGUCGUUGGAUCGCCCUCCCAAAGCACUACUCUCAGCUUUGACGACGAUGAAGACCAACCAUGAAAUGGAAGGAAACAAGAUAUCUCAACUUCUAGAGGAGCUUGCAAGAAAAUGGCCAAGACUAGCCUCCAAAUAUACCUGGAAUGAUAGGCUCAAAGACGCUGCAUUCGAAGAAGAGAACGCGGAUGACAAAAGAUCGCCCGGUGAUCCGAGAAUUCACUACGGACUGAUUGCAUCGGGCAAUCAGGUCAUUAAAGACGGUUCCAUGAGGGACGAAAUUAAUGCAAGAUUGUGCGGCCAAGUCCUCUGUGUGGAGAUGGAGGCAGCAGGAGUGAUGAACAACUUCCCAUGCCUUGUCAUUCGAGGAAUAUGCGACUAUGCAGACUCGAAAAAGAAUGAUCAUUGGCAGGGAUAUGCUGCCAGCAUAGCAGCGGCGUUGACAAAGGAACUUUUACAGAUAGUGCGACCUACGCAAAUUGAGGGAGAGCCUUCAGCGAAAGAUUUUUUAAGCCAGGUUCAUCAAAGCGUGAGCCACAUCCAACUAAAGGUGGAUGAACAGGAAGAGAAACAGAUACUUGACUGGCUUACACCUAUAGAUUAUGGGUCAUUACACAGCGACUGCUAUAAGAGGCUUCAACCUGGAACUGGAGAGUGGUUCCUUGGGCAAAAAGAAUUCCAAGACUGGAUUACGGGCAGCAACAAUACAUUAUUUUGUCAUGGCAUUCCCGGAGCAGGGAAGACUAUACUGGCCUCACUAGUCAUCAGUCACCUCUCAUCGAAAUUUCGAGGCAUCUCUGACAUUGGCAUAACCUAUGUCUACUUUAACUACAAUAAGCAAGAAGAUCAAGAUUUCCAGAAGCUGCUUGCGAGUCUAUUGAAACAACUUGCUGGAGGUCUGCAUCCUUUUCCAGAAAGCACCAAGGAACUGUAUCAUGAGCACUCAAAGAAAAGGACACGAGCAUCGCUUGUGGAGCUGGAAACAGAUCUCAGGUGUGUUAUGACAAAAUACUCAGAAGUCUUUAUUAUUCUCGAUGCCCUUGACGAAUGCCAGUUUUUCGAACUAAAUCUCUUCCUCUCUGCACUUUUCGAGCUUCAAAAGGAGCAUAGAAUAAGAAUUUUGACAACUUCGAGACCUAUUCCAGAAGUUAUGGAUCGGUUAAAUAACCUCAACAUCAUCAAGUUACAAAUUCGUGCUGAGACGAGCGACGUCACGAAGUAUAUAGAGGCCCAUAUCGACAGAUUACCUAAAGUCGCUCGUGAAAGUCCGAUUCUAAGGGAUGAGAUCAAGGCAGAUAUAUCUGAGGCUGUCGAUGGAAUGUUCCUUUUGGCUCAAAUAUAUGUUGUUUUGCUUCAAGACAAGAUAACUGUGAACGAUAUACGCAGGCAAUUAGUAAUCUUCAAAUCCCGGAAUACAGAGAAUAGCGGUGAUCAAAAAGGGAAAAUGCUUGCCUAUGCGUACGAGCAAGCUAUCGAGAGAAUCAGAAAUCAGAAGGAAGGGUUUAGAAGUCUUGCGAUGCGAGCUCUAGCAUGGGUGACCCUCGCAAAAAGACAAAUCACCACAUUAGAGCUUCAACACGCUCUUGCAACGCAGAGUGGGAUGACCACACUCAGUCAAGAUGACUUGCCUGACCUCACAGACAUAACUUCAGCUUGUGUUGGGCUACUUACUGUCGAUGAAGAAAGUCGCAUAAUUCGACUAGUGCACUAUACAACACAUGAAUAUCUAGAGCAAACUCGAAACUCUUGGUUUCCUGGCGCUGAGGAGUCAAUUUUGAGAAGCUGUCUUACAUAUCUAUCAUUCGAAAUCUUCAAGUCCGGGCACUGUCGAUCAGAUGAAGGGUUUGAACACAGAAUAGGAUCCUUUCCCUUAUUCCAUUAUGCCGCAAAUCACUGGGAAUGUCACCUUUCUCACAAUACGGAAGUCAUUGAUGAAGUGUUACAUCUUCUCGAGUGUCAGACCAGCGUUGAGGCAUCGUUGCAAGCGCGAUUAGUAUUGAAACAGCACCCUUUACACCAAAAUUAUAGCCAAGAGUUUCCCUCAAACAUGACGGGACUACACGCGGCUGCAGUUUUAGGGCUUACAGAAGCAACAAAAUUGCUUCUUGAACGUGGCUACAGUCCAGACGCAAUAGACAGUUACAAUUAUACACCCUUAUCAUUGGCUUCUAUCUAUGGCCAUGAAGCUGUAGCUGAACUAUUGGUCGUUGCAGGAGCAGAUCUCGAAAUAAAAGACUUGAAAUAUAAACGAACACCACUCAUGUGGGCUAGCGCAAGAGGAUAUGAGGCUAUGGUCAAGUUACUUCUAGAGAAAGCAAGUGAUGUUAAUGCACAAGAUUGCGUUGGCCGAACACCCCUAUCUCUUGCGGCAAAUUUUCAAGAUAAGAGGAUUAUCAAGCUACUUCUCCAGCGUGGCAGUGAUGUCGACAUUUAUCAGCUGAUAGAGGGCGGCACUGAUUUGAAUGCGAGAACGUAUGCUAAUCGUACAAUUCUAUCGCAUGCUGCCGAACUUGGUCGACAGAAUGUCAUCCAAUUGCUUAUUGAGACGGGCAAGGUCGAUUUAAACGAGGCAGACGGCGAAACUGGUCUGACACCACUACACUAUGCUGUGAUAAGCGGGCACCUAUCUAUCGUGGAGCUUCUAGCCAAUGCUGGAGCCCAGCUCGAGAUAAAAGAGAAGGAAAAUCGAAUGACAGCCUUAGGAUUAGCUAUACACCACAAACAGAAGGAUGUAUUUGAUUUUCUAUUGAAAAGAGACGCCAACAUACACAUACCUGAUAGAGAUGGCAGAACGAGUCUUUAUAACGCCGCUAUUUGGGGAGAAUUAGCGAUUAUUCGACAGUUGGUUGACAAGGGCGUCGAUAUAAAUGCCAGGACCUCUGAUGGACAGACGGCCCUAUUUGCAGUCAUCGGACUGGAAGAUUUCGAUGCCGUAAGGCUAUUAGUUGAAUUAGGUGCUGACAUUAAUGCUAGAGAAGAGUCGGGGCGCACACCCCUUCAUUACGCGAGUAUCGUUGGAAAUAUCGAUAUUAUCGAGGUUGUAAGGCUAUUAGUUCAAUUUGGUGCCGACAUCGAUACCAGAGGAAGCGAUAGCGUAACGCCCCUGAUGAGUUCUAUAUUGCUCAGGCACUCUGACAACAUCCAAUCGUUGAUAGAUUUGGGCGCCGAUGCCAACGCAAGAGAUAAACGUGGUCGUUCGGCGUUAUUCUAUGCUAUUCACGACGACGAUGCGCCCGUUGUUGAGCUACUAGUAGGAAUGGAUGACGUUGACAUCAACAGACCAGAUGCUGAAGGAACUACACCAAUUAUGUUAGCUAUGCGCCUUGAGAGCCAUGAAAUCAUAAAAAUAUUGCUUCAGUCGGGUAAACUAACAAACUAUGGUAGCUAA